AUGUACGAGAUCACGCCUAUCCGACUAUGGCUGUACCCGAAGAUCCACAUGACAUUCGACUUCUUAUCGAUACUUUUUAACGCGACUCUGAUAUUUUUGAUACUCACAAAGUCUUCAAAGGCCUUCCGACCCUAUGCUAUCAUGUUAUUAAGUGUCUCACUUCAGGAGUUGUUCGUCGCUCUAUCUGCGGAAUUUGCGAUGCAAAGAAUAAUCCCGAUAAAGGAAGCUCUAACCUUCGAGUUCCACGGACUUUGUCUCAACUUCACGCCGUAUUCAUGUGUAUUUGCACAUUGCAUCACAAUGAUAAGCACCGCAUUUGUCUACUCUAGCUUCCCGUUCUUCUUUUGGUUCCGAUACCGUGUUCUCCACGAUCCUCCCAGAAGUACAUUAAAAAUCGGUCUGAUCUGCUUGUUAUUUUAUUUGCCUCCGUUAGUGACCGGGUCUCUCUGGAUAUUCCGGAUAGAUCUCUGGAUAGCCGAGAUUCGACAAAUUUGGUAUGAUGCCAACUUCACAGCUUUUGAUAAGAGUCCACGUGUGAUGGCUGGCGGCUUUCGGAGCAUCUGGUCAAUACGAAUCCUCCCGAUGAUUCUCUGGGUGACGUUGCCCGUCUUCCCAUGCUAUGCCGUAUCUAUCUACUAUCGGCAAAAAUUUCUGAAGGAUAUUCAACAAGCGGCAAUGUCAGAGAAGACCAAGAAGGCGCAACAUAAUAUUGUGCAAAGUCUUACCAUCCAAGCUCUAAUGCCUUUGUUUCCGAUGACGGUGGCGGCAAUGUUCAACUACCAGCAGUUUCAGUUACCCUACCACGAGUACGUACCCUACUUUGACGAAUGGCCAAUUCUCGCUGUCACUAUAGUCAGCGCCUUUAACCCUCUUCUCACAAUGUUCUUUAUCCUACCCUAUCGAACUGCUCUACAAAAGUUCUAUCGACAAGUCCGAAAGCAACCAACAAAGCGAUCCGGAGACUACGAGAGGCCAUCAAUUUUCGAUUUGGGCAGUCGACGGAGGGGAUCGGUUAUGCCCAGCUCUACACAGAGGAGCUUUCAU